AUGCUUAAUGAAUUUAGAACGUAGUUGCCGAUAUUCUAAUUUAGAGAAAAAAUCAUCAAAUCAAUAAGAGAUAAUUAGGUGAUAAUUAUAGCAGGUGAAACAGGUUGUGGUAAAACAACACAGAUCCCUUAAUAUAUUUAUGAAAAUGAUCCAAAUGUAAAAAUAGCAGUCACUCAACCUCGAAGGUUAGCAGCUAUGACUCUGGCAGAAAGAUGUUCAUUAGAAAAAUAGACCAAAUUAGGAUAAUUAAUUGGAUAUAAUGUCAGAUUUGAUGAUUGCACAAGUAAAGAAACAUAAAUUACAUUUUUGACUGAUGGUAUGCUCAUCAGAGAAUUCAUAAUUGGUAUUUUUGUGGAUUAUAAAGAUCAAUAAUUAAAACGAUAUGAUGUUAUUAUAAUCGAUGAGGCUCAUGAAAGGACUGUAUAAUCAGAUUUGUUAUUGGGUUUGUUAAAAAACUUAUGCAGAAGAAGAAAAUAAUUGAAAGUAAUUUUGAUGUCUGCAACUAUGUAAAUUGAGAAGUUUGCAAAUUACUUAGAAACAGAAGCAAUUCACAUAAUUGAAGCAAGAACUCAUACAGUUGAUGUAUUCAAUGUUCCAAUAAGGCAAUAGGAUUAUGUGGAAUCCAUGGUCAACACAAUAUUAUAAUUACAUUUUACUUAACCUGAAGGAGAUAUUCUGGCAUUUUUAACAGGUUAAGAAGAUAUUGAAGACGUUAAAGAAAUUCUUAUAGAGAGAAUGAAAAUAUCAAAUCAAGAAAAAUAAUUAGAUGUUAAAAUGCUAUAUUCAGCUUUGCCUCCUGAAGUAUAACUUGAAGCAUUUCAAAAAUCUGUUCAUAGAAAAGUAGUCUUGGCUACCAAUAUAGCUGAAACUUCAAUAACAAUCGAUGGUAUUGUCUAUGUUGUUGAUUGUGGUUAUGUGAAGAUUAGAUCCUUUCAAAUAGGGAAAGCUAUUGAUACCUUAUUAUUGGCUCCAGUUUCAAAGGCUUAAGCAGAAUAAAGGGCAGGAAGGGCAGGGAGAUAGAGAUAGGGACAAUGCUAUCGUCUUUAUACUCAAUAAACUUAUGAAAGAUUAGCAAAAUACAUGUUACCUGAAAUCUUGAGAGUGAAUCUAUUAUCAGUAAUACUUUAAAUGAAGGCAAUUGGAAUUUAAAAUGUAUUAACCUUUGACUUAAUUGACAGACCUGACAUGGAAUUAAUGCUUGCCAAUCUAAAUCAAUUAGUAAAAUUGAAGGCCUUGGAUUCUGAGUUUAAUUUGACAGAGCAUGGAAAAAACAUGUCUAGCUUGCCUUUGGAACCUUAAUUUUCUCAUUUUUUAAUAAAAGCAUAUGAAUGUGGCAUAUUCGAUUUGGCAUUAAAUUCAAUUUCGAUAUUGCAAGUGGAAAAUUUGUUCUACUUUUAGAGGGGGACCAAAGAGAGCAUGUAGAAAAUCUUAGCUAAAUUUAAAAUUGCAAAUUCUGAUCAUUUGACGAAAGCCAAUAUAUUAAGGAAGUACGAAGAGACUUAAAAUAAAAAAAGCUUUUGCAAAGAGAAUUGUCUAAAUCAUAAGACUUUGCAAAAGGCAAUGAGUGUUAAGCAACAAUUAAAGGACUAUAUGAAAAGAAUCAUUAAGAAAGAAUUUGAAAAAGAGGAUUAUGACAAAUUUAAAUAAGUGCUCUCUGAGGCUUUAAUGUUUAAACAUGCAGUAUAUUCUCCUUCUGAUUAAGCCUACAAAUUAAAACAAACAAAUUAAUUAGCUUAUAUUCAUCCAGAAUCUGUAUUAUUCAAUUAAAAACCUAAAUAUGUCAUUUACAAUGAAGUCAUCUUAACUAAGAAAGUAUAUUUAAGAGAUGUUACUGAGAUUGAUGAAUUAUGA